AUGGCGAGUCUUUCAGCGCCGCACAUCCGCGUCCUUCUCGCGGGUCUCUUCCUGACCGGCUCCGCGACGCUCCGUGCGAGCAGGGGGGCCACGUCUCCUGCGGAGGACAGGGACAAGGAGGGCGACGCGGAGACCCCGUGCGAGGUGAAGAGCGUCACCGUGUCUACCCUGCCCGUGCUCCGGGAGAACGAGUUCAGCUUCACCGGCGGAGCUGCUGCGAGCGCGGCGGGAGGAGGGAGCGCUGCCGGAGCAGGUGCGGCUGCUGGUGGAGGAGGAACCGGAGGAGGACCUGGUGGAGGAGGAGGAGCGGGAGCCGGAGGAGGGGGCGAAUCCCGACUCCUGCUGUUUGUUAGGACAGACCUACCUGGGCGAAUUUCUGUAAUGGAUGAUCUUGACAACACAGCUCUCCCCUACUUCACACUCGAGAUGUCUGGUACAGGAGAGGAUAUUUCUCAGGUGCACUGGAAACAACAGUGGUUGGAAAACGGGACACUUUACUUCCACGUGUCCAUGACUGAAUCAGAACUCAUUCUGCAGACCACGCAACCCACGGCUCGGGAGCCGGCUCAUGUGUUACAUGAACACAUGCAUCUGCUACAUAUUUCAGUGAUGGGAGGCCUUAUUGCCCUUCUCCUUCUAAUUCUUCUCUUCACCCUGGUCUUAUAUACCCGCCACCGAUGGUGUAAGCGUCGCCGGAUUCCUCAAAAGAGCGCCAGCACUGAGGCCACCCAUGAGAUUCACUAUAUUCCCUCCAUCCUGCUUGGUCCGCAGGGCCGUGACAGCUAUCGGAGUUCUCGAGGCACUCACCAGCAUGGCGGCUCCGUUAUUGGAAUGCCCAUUCGCGAGACUCCCAUUCUUGAUGACUAUGACUGUGAUGAAGACGAUGGAGGCGGACACUCGCUCAACUCCACACCCAACCAGCUCCAUAACAGGAUCAAUGAUGGGAAGGUUCUGGACGACUAUGGAGUUAAUGUUGGCCUUGGAGGACACACAGACAUAAUGUUCAAGGAAGAUGAUAUCAAGCAUAAUUUUGAAAAACAAGCUAUUGAAGCAAACAGUGAGUCAGUAGAGGAUUUGAUGCAGAGGUUUCAGGACAGCUUCCGUGUUCCCAACACGCCAACAAACAUGUCUCACUACCAGCACGCCAUGCACAGCUCAUCUACAGGUCGCCGGAGGGUCUCCAGCCACAUCAGAGCAACUGGAGGCAUGUAUGGUCCCCAGGGAGAAUCUGGUUCAGAGCCUGAAGAUGACAACCAAAUGAAGUUUUACACAGAGCAGAACAGAGGUCGACGACGCAGCAAAGGCCACUCACAAAGUCCUCUAAAUAAGGUCACCCUAACACUGAUUACCAUCAGCACAUGUGUCAUUGCCAUUGUCUAUGCUACGCAGGAUUCCUGUCCCCUUACCGUCAAGGUUACUCUCCAUGUGCCAGAGCAUUUUGUUGCAGAUGGAAGUAGUUUUGUGGUGAGCAUGGGCAGCUUCCUGGAUGUCUCCAAUUGGCUAAAUCCAGCCAAGCUUACUCUCUACUAUCAGACCAAUUCAUCAACACAAUGGAUUCGGGACUACUGUGGCCAAAGGACCACAGAGCCCUGCGAGCAGAUUUGUGACCAGGACACAGGAGAAUGCAGCUGUCAUGAGGGUUAUUCCCCUGAUCCUGUCCAUAAACACCUUUGUGUUCGCAGCGACUGGGGUCGCAACGAAGGUCCUUGGCCAUAUGCAAACUUGGAGAAAGGUUAUGACCUUGUUACUGGGCAACAGGCCCCAGAGAGGAUCUUCAGACCGUUCUACAGUCUGAGCCAAGGUCUGUGGCUGCCAGUCAGCAAAAGCUUUGUAGUGCCACCAGUGGAACUGUCAAUCAACCCCAUUGCGAGCUGCAAGACUGAUGUGUUGGUCACCGAAGAUCCAGGAGAGGUCAGGGAAGAGGCCUUGAUGUCGACAUACUUUGAGACAGUGCAAGACCUGCUUGCGUCGUUUGGGCCGGUUCGUGAUUGUUCCAAAGACAAUGGUGGCUGCAAGAAAAAUUUCAAGUGUGUGUCUGAUCGACAGUUGGACUCAUUUGGCUGCAUGUGUCCUGAGGGGCUGAGGCCAAUGAAGGAUGGCUCGGGUUGCUAUGACUACUCCAGAGGCAUCGACUGCACGGAUGGCUUCAAUGGUGGCUGCGAGCAGCUGUGUCUCCAGCAGCUCGUACCCGUCGAAGAUGACCCCAGUUCCAACAAUGUGCUCAUGUUUUGUGGGUGUGUGCAGGAAUACAAGCUGGCGGGAGACAGGCGCUCAUGCCUCCUGCAGUCAGAAAACUGUGAGGGACCAAAAUGCCCCAGGCAAGAUGUCCGCUUUAAUGACACACUGUUUGGUGAGAUGCUGCAUGGAUACAACAACAAAACGCAGCAAGUCAACUUGGGACAGAUAUUCCAAAUGACCUUCCGGGAUAACAACUUCAUUAAGGACUUUCCCCAGCUAGCUGAUGGCCUCAUGGUCAUCCCUUUACCAGUGGAGGAACAGUGUCGAGGGAUCCUGUCAGAGCCGUUACCCAACCUGCAGCUUCUAUCAGGCGAUGCCCAGUUCAGUGAGGCGGUCGGCUAUCCCAUGGUCCAACAGUGGAGAGUCCGCAGCAAUCUAUACAAAGUUAAACUCAGCUCCAUCACCUUAUCCACAGACUUUUCUAAGGUGCUGAAAACGCUGUCAGGGGAGAGCACACGUGAGGAGCUCUUGGCUUUUCUCCAGGAAUAUGGCAGCCAUUAUGUGUCUGAGGGUCUGUACGGCUCCGAGCUCAGCUGCAGCAUUUACUUCCCCAGCAAGAAGACCCAGCAGCAGCUCUGGCUGCAGUACCAGAAAGAAGCAACUGAACAGGGGGUUGGUGGUGGAGGGCGGCGAGAGCUCAAGUCAGUUCCCUUCAUCAGCUACUUGUUGGCUCUGCAGAAAAGCCAGCUGUUAGUGGAUGACAUAGUGAAUGGUGUGGAGAUCCGCUGCGAGGAGAAUGGCAGCUGUCCUUCUGGCUGCCACCUGUGCCAUCACCAGACCCCAUUGGGUGGAGGGGCGGGGAGAGGCCGCAGUGGUAGCAACCGGAGUGGAGAGCCAUCCUCCCCCAUCCCUGUCCUGCUUGAAGUCAGCCGGGUCGUGCCCCUUUACAGCCUGAUCCAAGACAACGUCACCAAAGAGGCCUUCAAGAGCGCCACAAUGAGCUCAUACUGGUGUGCUGGAAAGGGUGAUGUCAUUGAUAACUGGUGUCGCUGUGACCUGAGUGCCUUCAGUAAAGAUGGACUGCCCAACUGCAGUCCCCUCAAGCAGCCAACUAUUUUGGUAUUUAUAUACGUUAUUUCUUCUGCCUUUUCCCCAGGUGAGGUUCUGAGCUUAAUGGAUGACCUGUUCUCUGGUUUGAGUUCGUCCUGUGUUGUUGCGGGGAGAAGGAGUGGAGACCACCCCCAAUCCGUGGUGUAUUCGGUUGUCUUCAAGUGCCUGGAACCUGACAGCCUCUACAAGUUCACCCUGCAUGCAGUGGAUAACCGAGGUAGUCAUACUGAGUCAAGCUUUGUCUCCGUGCGCACAUCCUGUCCAGUGGUGGAUGACAGUCGUGCUGAAGAAAUAGCAGACAGGGUGUACAACUUGUACAAUGGCUACACCAGUGGAAAGGAACAGCAGAUGGCCUACAAUAUGCUGAUGGAAAUUCCUCCUCCGAUGCUUUAUAGAGUCCAGCAUCACUACGAUUCCCACUAUGAGAAGUUUGGAGACUUCGUGUGGCGUAGUGAAGACGAGCUGGGCCCCAGAAAAGCCAGUUUAAUACUUCGAAGGGUGGAGACCAUCAGCCUGUAUUGCCGGUCCCUCCUCCGCAGCACCCAUAUUCAAAGCCGCACAGACACCAUGGCUUAUAUCUACUGCCGGAGCGAAGAGAGUCGACCUCCCAGCAGCACGUGGCAUAGCUCUUUACAUGACAGUCGCACCUCAUGCAUGGAAAAGCUCGUUUCUGUGCAACGCAACACUUACAGCAACACCAAACUUCGAUGA